AUGUCAAGUACAAGAAUGAGAGAUGUUACUGAUCAUGGAAUACGGAAGCCAAGAUCCGGCAGGGGAGGAAUAUCACGAUUAGACCACGGGGCCUCCCAGGUCGUCAUCCAGAGAAAUCCCCGUGACAGGAGAACGAAUAAGAACGCAACUAUCUUAAAGACUGACAAGAGUAACAAGAAGAACAGGAGUAAUACGACUUUAACUCGCAUUGCAACGUGGAACAUCAAGACCCUCUAUAAAACUGGAAAGCUAACAACCGUUGCUAUUGAGAUGCGCAGAAUGGGCAUAGAAGUCCUUGGUCUCAGCGAAGUUAGAUGGCCAAAUGCUGGAGAAUGUAAUAGCGAUAAUGUGGUACUGUACUAUUCUGGAUGUCAGAACGGCGAACACCAACAUGGAGUGGGUAUUAUGAUAAAAAAAGAACUCAAACAAUAUGUUGCUAAUUUCGUGCCCUAUAAUGAAAGAAUGAUGCUGAUCCAGUUGCGUACAAAGCCUAUAAACACCAACCUGAUACAGGUAUAUGCUCCCACAGCCGACAGCGAUGAAGAAACUAUAGAGAAGUUCUACUCAGACCUAAACGAGCUAACUAAAAAGUUGAAGAAACAUGAAAUUAACGUGAUAAUGGGGGAUUUCAACGCUAAGGUUGGCAAGGGAAGGAUCGAGAAUACUGUUGGUGGCUUCGGACUGGGAGAUAGGAAUGAGAGAGGGGAACGACUCAUAGAGUUUUGUCAGGAGAAAGAUUUAGUUAUUGCGAAUACUUUUUAUGAGCUACCACCUCGACGACUCUAUACUUGGACAUCACCAAGAAGUAGCAAAGAGAAGAUCAUAAGGAAUCAAAUUGAUUUCAUUUGUGUCAACAGACGGUUUAGGAAUAGCAUUGAGAGUGCUAAAACCUACCCAGGUGCAGAUGCGGACACUGACCACGAAUUGCUUGUAGCCAACGUAAAAGUGAGACUAAGGAAGCUGCAAAGGAUAAUAAAACCGAAGAUAAUAAACACAGAAAAGCUCAAACAACAGCAGUAUCAGAAGGAGUUUAACGACUCAAUAGCAAGUGAGUUUUUGGAAGCAUCAGCGACAAAUAUCGACAUGGCCUGGGACCAAAUCAAAUCUACAAUGUUGACUGCCGCGGACCAAGUUGUAGGCAGAAGAGAACAUAAUACGAAAAACCCCUGGAUGACACAGGAAAUCAUAAACCUUAUAGAGGAAAAGCGUAAAUACAAAAACACUGACCCGCAAAAAUAUAAACAAUCAAAAAGACAAAUAGAACACCGCAUAAGAAAAGCCAAAGAGACAUGGAUGGAGGAGAAUUGCCGUGAAAUGGAACAACUGAACAAUAAACAUGAUUAUUUUAAUCUACAUAAAAAGUUAAAGGAAUUAACUGGAAAUAAAAAAAAAGAAUACCGAUGA